AUUUUAGUACGUCAGAGAAUUGACUUUUCAGAAACAAAUCAAAUUUCUAAAUUUCGAGUUAUAAUUUUUAUCAUAUAAUGAGGAAAAUUCGCAUAUUAGUGUUCUUUUUAUUGUCUCUGUGCUAUUGGUGCGAUGGCAAACAAUCGUUUUUCAACCACAUCAUGGGACAUAAUCGUUCUAAAAGAGCGUUCGAUUGGUGUAGUCUGAACUGUCCUUCUGAAGAGCACAUCGCAUGCAAACACAAAGGGAACUGUGUUCCAGAUGCGCCAUGCGAGUUACGCAAGUUAGACGCGGAUGUUGUGCUUGAUUCCCAUAAUAAGCUGAGGCAAACUUUUGCAAAUGGUGAAACGAAACAAGCACGUGGAUUUACCAUCGCCAAUAUGAACGCCUUAAACUGGGACUGGGAUUUGGCCUUUUUAGCCGAAUGUAACCUAAAACUCUGCGAAAAGAAAAUGAAACACGACCGCUGCCACACUACCCCGAUAUUUUCUUCAGCCGGUCAAAAUUUGGCUUGGUCCAGCGGAUACACCGAGUCUUGCGAAUAUCAAGCCGAGCACAUGUUUGUCUCGGACUGGUUUAACGAAAUCGAGGCGAUUAAUUUAGAUAGAAUCAAGAAGUUUGCGAAAGAAUUUACCGUGGAGAAGCCCGGUCCCCUGAUCGGUCAUUUUACUCAAGUAGUUUGGGCAACGACUACCCACGUUGGAUGUGCUGUGGUUAAAAGGGGACCGAAUUGUACGUUGGCUUGUAAUUAUGGACCUGCUGGGAAUGUUCUUGAAGAUUCUACCUUCAAGGAAGGUCCAAUAGUAAGCGAAUGUCCUCCAUCGAUCUCACCAAGCAAGAAGUAUCCGGCCUUGUGUGGCGAAAGCAAGUCAGCAGGUUCACCUAGUGGACAAGGAAAUGGAGGAAAAGAGAAUAGUGGACAAGGAAAUGGAGGAAAAGAGAAUAGUGGACAAGGAAAUGGAGGAAAAGAGAAUGGUGGACAAGGAAAUGGAGGAAAAGAGAAUAGUGGACAAGGAAAUGGAGGAAAAGAGAAUAGUGGACAAGGAAAUGGAGGAAAAGAAAAUAGUGGACAAGGAAAUGGAGGAAAAGAGAAUAAUGGACAAGGAAAUGGAGGAAAAGAGAAUAGUGGACAAGGGCAUGGAGGAAAAGGAAAUGGCGGACAGGGGAAUGGAGGACAAAAAGAUGAUGGACAAAAGGAUGGUAGUCAAGGAGAGGGUGGACAAGGGAACGGAGGACAAGAGGUUGGUGGGCAAGAAAAUGGCGGACAACAGGAUAACGGGAUAAAAGGGUGUGAUGAAAAAUGGGAUGAAACAUACGCGGGCGAUGUACAAGAAAGGGAGGAUCAGUAUGAACACUAUGACUAUAAUGCUCAAAGUGAUGCUGUCAAUCUAUUUAUUGAGCAAAAUUUAUUCUAUUUAGCUUAUUGUAUGUUUCUUAUUUAAAUGCUGGUAAAAAAUAUAUGUUUGUGGCCAAA